AUGGUAACCCCCGACGACUCACCCACGGGCGAACGACCGGGCGUCUCUCCCUCCACACCCACCACCUCUUCCUCAGCACCACCAAUGUCUCGCUCCUCCUCCUCCUCCUCCUCCUCCAGCAUCUCCGGGGAAGUGGUGCGCGGCACCCUCACAGCCCGGCGCCUCCCGCCGCACACGGACGAUGACCCCUCGCGCUACAUACCGCCGAUGGAGCAUCUCGAGGCGCCCGACAACGAGUUGGCCAAAAUGAUGCGCACCAAGGACAUGGCUGAGCGGGGAAGGGCGGAGGAUGCCGACGAGUUUGGCGCUUCGGCGGAGAGGGGGGAGGGGGAGGUGGUUGGGGAGGAGGAGGAGGAGGAGGAAGAAAAGAGGGUGCAGAAGUGGAAGAAGAAGAAGUUUGAGUUGAAAGUGCAAGAAGAAACAAUGACCCCCGAAGCUGCACAGGCAGCUGCCGACAAAGCUAUCGCUGAGCUUGGUAAUCUUGACUUUGGUGCUGAGAUUUCAAAGUUACCAGAAGAAAUAGAAGGCACAGGUAAAUGGAAAGGAAAGGGUAAAGAAGUGGCCACAGACAGCGGGGACGCGGGCGCGGUAGGUUUGGAUAUGGAUAUGGACGUAGAUGCAGGUGCAGAUGCAGAUGCAGAAGAUGAGGUGGUGGAAAUGGACCUAAGUAGAGGCGUGGAAGAGUCACGGAAAAGGGCGAGGGAUGCGAACGCCGGUGAGUCUUCGGGCUCUAGCAAAACUGCUGCAAAAUCAUUGGUCCAGGGGGAAGAGGAGGAGGAAGAGAUACCCACACAUGAGCUCGGUCCUGGCCCCGACCUCUGGCCGGCGCCCAUCUCUGAAGAAGAAGCUCACGCCCUCGACGAGGAGGACAUGACUGGCGGCGUUUACACCUUCGAAUCCAUGUCACUUACCCCCGCUAUCGCCCUCGGAGUGCUGGAAUCCGUGCCUACCGAAUCUCCACAGCGCCCCGUGGCCCACCACAUCCUCUCGAAUGCCUACCAACAGGAGUUUCGCACCACUGGACACACUCCCACCCUCAACUCGGCCCUCCACCACGCGCAAAUCGCCGUCUCCUUACUCGCCCCCCCGCGGCGCAUGCGCGCCAUCGCAGUUAUGAACCUCUGUGAGAUCUUUAACCUCCGUUAUAUCCAUACGAACGAUGUCAGCAAUCUUUCUGCUGCUAUCAAGAUGCUAUCACGGACAGUAGAAGCCGGGUAUGACGGCCCCUUACGUCCCCUCGUCUUCCGUUUCCUCUCCCGCCUUCACGGCUACCGCUACGACGCCCUCCACGGCACCGACGACCUCGACCGGUGCAUCGCGGUCGCCGGGGAACUUAUAUCCGUCAUGGAACGCUCGAACCGCAGAGUGCCCGGUUUAAACAUCGCACAGCUUCACUUUGAUCUGGGCGAGCGCCUCCGCGAUCAUGGUGACCUCGACAAGGCAAUCGAGCGAUUCGAGCUUGCGGCAGCCCUCAGCGAGGACAACAUCAACCUGCGCGCGGAGGCGCUGGGCGCCCGGGUGGACACCAUGUUUUUGCGCGACAAGAAUGAUACGGUGGCUGUUAUCGCUGCGCUGCAGAGCGGGGUUGAGGCGCUGCCAGCGUCGCACCCUCAGGCGGCCAACAUGAGAAAAAACCUAGAGAGCCUUCUCAGCGUCAGAAAGGGUGAUGAUAUCUCUGAUCUGCAGGCUCAGGUUGAGGAGGGCGGCGGCGAUAUAGAGACACUAUGCAAGUUGUCCCGGAGCCUGCUGACGCGGUAUUAUCGUCUCAGGGAUAUCAAGGAUUUGAAUAAUGCGGUGGAGCCUGCGGAGAUUGCGAUGGCGGCGACAGAGCGCGAGGAUAAGGAGUAUGCAAACCGUGUGGGCUUGUUCGCGCAUGUACUACACACACGGUAUGAAAGGCUAGGGGAAAGGGCCGAUUUAGAUAGAUCGAUCGAGCUGUGGGAGCUGGCCGUGGAGGCGACAGAGGGGGAGGAUCAGCGCACGGCGAGGACCAAUAUGAGCCAGUCGCUGUAUCUAAGACAUAAGCAUGAAUCCGGGGGCGUAGUUGACUUGGAACGGGCAUUGCUUCUUGCACAGCAGGCGUUUGAAGGGAUGGAGAAGGGGGAGCAAGAGUAUGCCGGGCGGCUACUGAACCUGGCGAAUUGCUAUACGGGUAGAUUCAGGCUGCACGGAACAAAGGGGGACAUUGAUACGGGAAUCUCCAGGAUGAGGCAGGCACUGGAGGCGUCGGCAGAGGAAGGGAGCAGUGCCAACAGGCCGGGCAUAAUGGGGAAUCUGAGUGCGCAGCUGCUCCUACGGUGGCAAACAUUUCGUGAGUCCAAGGACAUUACUGAGUGCAUAGAAUACGCGGAGAGAUCGUUGAAGGAAACCUCAGACCGUUCACCACAUUUUGCAGAGCGGCUUCUGAACCUCGCGGCGAUGCUGGAUAAUCGGGGCCGUCCUGAAGAUCUCGAACGCGCCGUUCGCCUCGCCCGAGUUGCUCUGAACGGUAUUCCACAAGGGCAUAGGAUCGAGGCGGGGACAAGGGCAGUGCUGGCCCGGUAUGUCCAGAAGCUCUACAGCGGUGCGGAGGGACUCAACGCGGCGGUCGAAGCGGGCGAGAAGGCGGUGGCGGCGGCCGAGGCCGGGCAUCCGGACCGUGCACCUAUAUUCGGGAACCUCGCGGCCACAUACCGUGAGCGAUACGAGCGUCUGGGAAACGUGCUGGACCUGCAUCGCGCGGUCGAGACUGGAUAUGUAGCGGCGGCGCACUGCAAGGAGUCGACGGCAAUGAAGGGUAGGUUUCUCAGCGAGUUGAGCGAGUCGCUGAGCACCCGGUUUAGGCGCAUCGGGGGCAAGGACGAUAUGGCCAUGGCGGUCAAGACGGCGAGGGAGGCGCUCGACUGCACGCCCGUCAAUCAUCAAGAGCGGGCGGAGCGGUUGAUUGAGCUCUGCCAGCGGUUUGUUGAGCGCUUCAAGGCCGAGGGCGUGGAGGAGGAUCUCCUCAAUGCCAUCACGCUGGGGAAUCUCUGCCUCGAUAAGACCCCCAAAGAGGAUCCUGACCACUCUCGCCGCCUCCUCGUCGUCGCCGAUGCCCUCCAUCUCCGCCACACCACAUACGGGAUCUUCUGGAACGACCUCGACCGGGCAUUGAUCAUGACCCAAAAUGCGUUGAUUCUGUACCGCGGCGGGCGCAUAACGCCGCCAGAGAUCAGGCACCGCAUGGGCAAACUCCUGCGCAGCCUCUACCGCCGCAGCCGUGAGAUUUCCGACAUCAGCAAAGCAAUCGGCUGGCUGGAGGCCGCAGCAACGGAGAUUGACGAUGAGCUGCCUGUGCGCGCCGACAUCCUCGAUGACCUCGCCCGCUGCUACCUUAUCCGCUACCAGGCCCUGAAUAACAAGGGCCCUGAUGGCGAGUACUCAUUUGUCACCUUCCGCGACCUGUGGGAGAUGACCCUCGCGCCACCGCUCGCACGGAUCCGCGCAGGAAGGCGCCUCUGCGAUGUCCUCGAAAAGUCGGGCAAGUGGAGCGAGGCUGCAGACAUAUUCGAGAAGUGUGUGGAGCUCAUGCCGCGGGUCUCACCGCCGUCACUGGCGCGGGAGGAUCAACAGGCGCAGCUCAAGCUACUCUUUGGAAUCCCGACGCGUGCUGCAAACGCGGUGCUUACGGCUGGUUAUGGCGCGGAGAGAGCGCUGAGAGUGCUGGAGAUGGGCCGCGGCAUCAUGAUGGCGUUUAUCAUCAACUGCCGCAGCGAAACGACUGAUCUGCAGGCUGCACACCCGGAACUGUACGCAGAGUUCAAUUCAUUGAGACGCGAGCUCGACAGCACGGCAGGACUCUCGGCAAAGAGGACAAACCUGGCAGAUGGGCUCGAGCUCGAGGAGCUUGGGGCAGGGAGUGUGUCGGCGAGGCGGAAGCGUGCAGCGGAGCAGCUCGACGAGGCACUGGCAAAGAUCCGCAGCCUGGAAGGGUUUGACAACUUCUUGCUACUGCCAACAGGGGCGGAGAUGAGGAAGAUGGCGGAGAAGGGGCCGAUAGUGGUGUAUGCAAGUGGGAUCCGCCGGUGCGACGCCAUCAUUGUCACGACGGACGAGAUCAAGAGUGUCAAUCUCCCAAAGUGGGAGAUCAAGGAGGCAGUUGAGAAGACGGUGGGCUUGGGCGAGGACGUUGUGCGCGGGACAGUGAACACCUAUGCGCAGAGGAACAAGAAGAUGAACAAUGCUCUGAAGUGGCUCUGGGAUGUCGCCGUGGAGCCCGUGCUGGCGGCGUUGGGGAUUGAUGGCACCGAGACCGUCAUGCCGCACGUGUGGUGGGUGGGCAGCGGGCCUCUCAGUUUCUCCGCUUUCCACGCCGCCGGCACACACACCGCGGGCUCAACACAGAACACAAUCAGCAGGGUCAUCUCCUCAUACACCCCGACCAUCAAGGCACUCACCUAUGCCCGCGGCAUGCGGCCCCCGACUCUUCCCCAUGGCUCACCAAACGUCCUCCUCGUCACGAUGCCGACAACACCCGACGAGAGCGACCUAUAUGGCGUCGAGCAGGAGGCCUCCUGCAUCACCGAAAUUGCGGGUGCAGACUCUACCACAAGGCUCACGCACCCCACCGCCAAUGAGGUCCUGGACCAGCUCGCGUCCCACUCCGUUAUCCACUUUGCCUGCCAUGGCAUCAGCAGCCCUUCCAACCCCUCCGCCAGCGCGCUGCUUCUCCGCGCGAAGGACGGCACGCAGGACAAACUGACUGUGCAGACUAUCUCCGACGCCAACACGACCAACGCCCAGGUUGCGUAUCUUAGUGCCUGCAGCACGGCUGAGAACUCGGCGGUGCAGCUGGCCGACGAGAACAUCCAUCUGGCGGCGGCGUUUAUUCUCGCGGGCUUCAGGAACGUGCUGGGCACACUGUGGGAGAGCAAUGAUGAGGCGUGUGUGGAUGUUGCGGGACGGUUCUAUUCUGGGCUGUUUGUGGAGGGGGUGGACUCGGGGGUUGCGAUGCAUAGAGCGGUGGUGGAGCUGAGGAAGCGGAAGCCGCAGAAGGUGUUGAUGUGGGCGCCGUUUAUACAUACGGGGGCUUAA